UGCUGUGCUGGAAACCCCGUACUGACUGAAGGGACCCAAGAUGGCUGAAUACUCACGGGGGGGGGCAGUUAGCAAUUAUCUGAGCAAGACGUCGGAAAUGAAUGGCAUAUAGCAUUAUAAUGUAAAGCGUUACCCUGAAAUAAUUAUACAACUACCGUUUGUUGGUGUGCAUACUUUUUGAGAUGCAUGAAUACCAGAAAGAAGAGAGUGGUCUCUCCGCGGCCCCGAGCCAGAACAUGGCGGAAUACUUGGGGUAGAAAUAGCAGCUAACACUAGCUAGCUGGCGUAUUACUCAGUCAGAAUUGGAAACAUUUCUCCAGGGUAAACACUGUAUCGUCGGGUCCGCAAAUGUGAAAUAAUGUUAUCGGUGCACAGCGCUGGACAUUUUGCUUUAAAGAGUUGUUUAACGUUGAAUAUAUGGAGCGGAGGAACUUAGCGUACUGCUAGCUCGGUAACGCGUUAGGUUUUCUAGCUAACGCAACUGGCUAACGCUGCUCGCAAGCGUACGAACUACUAAUAAGCAGGUCGUUUCUUUUGAGGUGUAAAGAUCGUAACCGUGGGGCUUAUUGUAAAUACUCCUCUCGAUUGUGCUCGUACUUCCCAAUGUAUGUCUGCUCUCGUUUGGUCGAUUAACAAGUUAGCUAACGUCAAUGCCCUCCACACUGUAAAUUGAAGUGUCGUUAGCUACGAUGAUUUUGUGUUGCGCGUUGCCUUCAACACUGGGAAGAUAAGUUUUGAUGCUGCUCGUGAAAAUAAACCGACAUCGUAGAAUCGAUCGGGCAAUCUUCCUUGAUAACUAGCCUGGGUGUUCCGCUUUUACGCUCCUUCAAAGAAGUGAUUGCUUGGUUGACCCCUGACACUGACGUUAAGGUAGCUGAGGUAAUAAUACUGCAUUGUACAAGUGAUCAGGUGUAAGAGGUGAAGCAGACACCCUGUAAAAGUCAAGAAGGUCCGGAAAGGGGAAACCGGUCACAACUACCUGCCAGGAUGACGGACACUCGUCGACGAGUCAAAGUCUAUACCCUCAAUGAGGACAGACAGUGGGAUGACCGUGGAACCGGCCACGUCUCCUCGGGCUAUGUGGAGCGUUUGAAAGGCACGUCUCUACUGGUGCGAGCAGAGAGUGAUGGUUCUUUACUGCUGGAGUCCAAAAUCAAUCCAAACACAGCCUACCAGAAGCAACAGGAUACUUUGAUAGUAUGGUCAGAGGCAGAAAAUUAUGAUCUGGCACUGAGCUUCCAGGAGAAGGCUGGCUGUGAUGAAAUCUGGGAGAAAAUAUGCCAGGUUCAGGGAAAGGACCCAUCAGUGGACAUUACCCAGGAUGUGGUCGACGAGUCUGAGGAGGAACGCUUUGACGACAUGUCCUCGCCAGGUCUGGAGUUACCGCCAUGUGAACUGAACCGCUUGGAGGACCUGGCUGAGAUGGUGGCCUCCUCACUCCCAUCACCACUGCGGCGUGAGAAACUGGCACUAGCCGUGGAGAACGAGGGCUACAUUCGCAAGCUCCUGGAACUGUUUCGUGUGUGUGAGGAUUUGGAGAACAGAGAGGGACUGCAUCACCUGUAUGAAAUCAUUAAAGGCAUCUUCCUGCUUAAUCGUACUGCACUCUUUGAGGUUAUGUUCUCUGAGGAGUGCAUCAUGGACGUCAUUGGUUGUCUGGAGUUUGAUCCAGCACUUGCACAGCCACGGCGACAUCGGGAGUUUCUAACUGAGACGGCCCGCUUUAAGGAGGUGAUCCCCAUCUCUGAUCCUGAACUGCGUCAGAAAAUACACCAGACGUAUCGAGUGCAGUAUAUUCAGGACAUGGUGUUGCCCACGCCCUCUGUUUUUGAGGAAAACAUGCUGUCCACCCUGCACUCGUUCAUCUUCUUCAACAAGGUGGAGAUUGUGGGCAUGCUUCAGGAUGAUGAGAAGUUCCUGACAGACCUCUUUGCACAGCUAACCGAUGAGGCUACAGAUGAUGACAAAAGACACGAACUGGUGAAUUUCCUAAAGGAAUUUUGCGCAUUCUCACAAACGUUACAACCUCAAAACAGAGACGCCUUCUUCAAGACUUUGUCAAACAUGGGAAUUCUACCUGCACUAGAGGUCAUACUGGGAAUGGAUGACGUUCAGGUGCGUGGGGCAGCCACAGAUAUUUUCUCUUAUCUGGUGGAGUACAACCCCUCCAUGGUACGAGAGUUCGUCAUGCAGGAGUCUCAGCAGAAUGAUGAUGACAUCCUGCUGAUCAACCUGAUCAUAGAACACAUGAUCUGUGAUACAGACCCAGAGCUAGGUGGAGCAGUGCAGCUGAUGGGUCUGCUACGGACUCUGGUGGACCCUGAGAACAUGCUGGCUACGGCAAAUAAAACAGAGAAGACAGAGUUCCUGAGCUUCUUCUACAAACACUGUAUGCACGUCCUCUCAGCGCCACUGCUGGCCAACACAACAGAGGAAAAACCAGGCAAAGAUGAUUUUCAAACAUCCCAGUUGCUGGCCUUGAUUUUGGAGCUGCUGACAUUCUGUGUUGAGCACCACACCUAUCACAUAAAGAACUACAUCAUCAACAAGGACAUUCUCAGGAGGGUACUGGUGCUCACAGCCUCUCAGCACGCCUUCCUGGCACUAUGUGCCCUGCGCUUCAUGCGGAGGAUCAUUGGUCUGAAGGAUGAAUUCUACAAUCGUUACAUCAUGAGAAACUUUCUCUUCGAGCCUGUCAUCAAGGCCUUCCUCAACAAUGGCUCCCGCUACAAUCUCAUGAACUCAGCCAUUAUUGAGAUGUUUGAGUAUGUCCGUGUGGAGGACGUAAAGUCUCUCACAGCUCAUAUAGUAGAGAACUACUGGAAAGCUCUGGAAGAUGUUGACUACGUCCAAACGUUCAAGGGCCUAAAGUUACGGUAUGAACAGCAGCGAGAGAGACAAGACAACCCCAAACUGGAUAGCAUGCGCUCCAUCCUGAGGAACCACCGCUUCCGUCGUGAUGCACGGACACUGGAAGAUGAAGAGGAGAUGUGGUUCAACACAGAUGAGGAUGACCUUGAGGAUGGUGAGGCAGUGGUUCCUCCAUCUGACAAGAUGAAGAGUGAGGAAGACCUCAUGGAACCUAUAAGCAAGUUCAUGGAGAGAAAGAAAUUGAAAGACACAGACGACAAAGACGUACUGGGGAAGUCGAGCUUAUCAGGCAGGCAGAACCCAAGCUUCAAGCUCUCCUUCUCUGGCUCCACUAAAACCAGCCUGUCCAGCCCUCCAUCAUCUGCCUCAUUGAACCCAGGUUCUCCAGGAUCACCAGGUUCUCCAGGCGCAGGGGCCCGAAGCUCACCGUCCACCACAACUGUAACCACAAAGGGAGGUUUAGUGGGACUGGUCGACUAUCCUGAUGAUGAUGACGACGAGGAUGAAGAAGAGGAGGAGGAUGGGGAGAGUAAAGAGGACCCUCUGCCACCUACGAAGAAGUCCAAACUGAGUUCCUAAAGAAGCUUCACUGUCCCAGCCUGUGCUCUGCUCGGACAGUUUCAGCUCAUAGACCUUCCACAGGAUCAAACUUGUAAACAGAUUGAAUGAAUGAGAGCCGCCCCUCGCUGUCAGCGGGUGGCCCAAAGAGGAGCAGACUGAACGGAUACGAAGCCUCCUCAGACUAGCCCACUUCAUACAAGUGCCAAUCGGGAAACCAGGAGUGGAAAAGAAACGACUGAAGCGUGUCAGACGUUUGAAUCUGGGGGAGAAAAGAUCACACUCAAAAGAUCGUCAGCAGACUCCGAACGAGACGGGUUGGAGUUUGGUUAUUUAGCAACUGGAGGAAACAACCACAUACAAAACAUGUACACACAGACUGAAAUCCCAGAGAGCUUGCAGGCUCAGACCAUAGCCCACUGCCCCCCCGCCCCCCCGCCCCCCCACUCAGGGAAGGACAUCACAGUGACCCAAAUGGGUUGGCCAGUUCAGACCCAGAACCACCACUCUCACCUCCUCCUUCUCUUACUCCUCCUCAGAAUUCACCUUCCUCCUUGUUUCUACCUACUUCUUUUCCUCCUCUUCUCCUUCCUCCUUUCUUUGUCUGUUGCUUUUCAACUUUUUUUUAAAGUUAGUAUAUAGGACCAGACGGGAGGCAGCAUGUGGCAAAGAGCUGUCCUUGUUGUCGUUUGAUGAUGUCAUCAGUGUUGUCGUUCCUCAGCGGACGUUCUUUCUCUGAAGAGAAAAAAAGCCAGCAGUUUCUUCAUCAUUUUCUUUUUGUUCUCUAUUUGUCUCUAAAUCUUUCUCCUGUUUUUUGUAAAUGAUGACAAAAAAGACCUGCCUUUAAAUGUUCAGGACGUUUUCAGUCGCACUUGAACAGGUUUUUAAAGACCUCAGUAGGUGAGCUAGUUUUACCCUUUUUGCCCUUUGAAACUGCAGAUUUUUUGGAGAAUUUGUAAUCCCGUCUUGAUUAAAGAUUGAGUGGAAUUCUAGAUGUGA